CAUGUUAAGAGCAGAAAAACACAGACGUGAUGCCACAAAAUCUUCGAGAAAAAAACCUUAAAACAUUUAAAUUCUGACACUGUAUAAUUUUACUGUACCACGAUCCCCAUCACACUACUGACUCACCAAAACCCAAAGCGCACUAGAUCAUCGAUCCCGUUUGGAUCACUGCUAGCUCAUCCAACCCAAAUCUUCCCAUGCAGAUUAGUACAGUUUCGGUAUUCUUUGGCCACGCCCGGUUUUCAUGCGAUGUCCUACGGGAAUAAAUAAUAUUAUCCCGUUUGCAAUAUACCGGACUGUUUGUAAUGAGUCAACGCCAUUUACCAAUAGCAAAAGCGUAUCUUGGGAAGAGCAAAGCUGGGACAUUUCCAGGCAGCUGAGCCUGAGUUCAUGAAUCAUGUCUUUCGAUAUCCCACCUCACUUAAUACCGGCUCUCCGGGAUAACAUGCAAAGGCGUGUACAGCACCACUGCCGGCAAAAACUGGACAAUUAUCCAGCGAUGCAGCAAGGAAGACCCGAAUCCGCUGCAGUUGGUCGGCCGGGAACUGCGUCUCGUUUGGCAGCUCAAGCCGGGAAUGCGGUGAGACCUGGAACAGCAGCAAGGCCGGGCACAGCGCGAUCAAGUGCCGGGAAUGAAGUUCGAGUCCAGACUGGUCGGCUCCAAUCAGCGAAAGGCCGCAACAAACCACGAAAUAAUCGAGACAGGCCGUACUUCCUUGCCGUUCUCCGAUCCAAAAUAACGGAAAUCACUAACGAAAUUAAUAAACUUAACAACGCAUGCAAAGAGUUUUCCACACUGGAAGAUUUCUACGCGACUUACCGAAGUGAACAUGCAGCCUUAUCAAAAUCUGUUGGGGAACUGAGGACUACGCAAUAUAAUUACGAAUCGAUGUUAGAAGCCGUUGCAAAAGGAAUAUCGGACGAAGAAAUUAGAGCAGAAAUAGAUAGCCACAAACAACAAAACGCGGCUUUAACGGGCGAUGUUGAGGAUCUCCUUAAUCAACGCCAAAGAAGGGAAUCUGAACUUAAAAAACUGCAGGACAAAGCGCACAAAUAUGAAUCUGCUGGAGAAACAUUACUGAAAGAAAUGAAUUUCGGAGAUCAGGCCAAGUAUCGCGAAAUGCAAGAGGAACUGGCAACCCUGGAUGAAAUGGAAGAGAAACUGGUCAACCAGUUUGAGCAGCUUAAAAAUGGCGACCGCGCAAAAAUCGAAGAGGAACUGGUAUUUUCCCCACUGAAAAAAGACGCCAGCCAAGCACUGUCACGUAUCCGGGAGCUUCAGAAAACUCUGGAUGACGUGAAGAUCCAGAUCAGCCGCACUCCGGAAGAAGAACAGAGCCAGUUGACGGAAAAAUUAAAAGUUGAUAAUUCGGAGAUAGCCUCACUGCAGCAUCAAGCAGAAACACUGCAAACACUACUCGCAUCUCUAAAACAACAACUAGGGCAUGAGAUCCCUUCGAUAACAUCUCAAAAGGUCACCGAUAACGAACUGAAAGGAACAGACCGCCAACGUUUCCUAACUUCAUUUAACGAACAAUUCCAAGCAGAGGAGAAUGCGCUAAAGGAAAACGAGGCGGAUGUGCAGUCCUUACUUGGUCGGCUAAGCAGAAAUGUUGCCGCCUUAAACGAUUUGCCUAUAGCAAGGGAGACAGAUAUUUUGAAAUCUGACAAGCAAUUUCGUUCUAUGGUCGGUCAAAGGCGGCGCGAGCAACAACUGCGAGAAGAUCUUUUGCAAAUGACCUUUGACGAAAAUUUCCGGGAACUAAAAAAGCUGCAAAUGCUAUUCGAAUCGUUGGCUACCGAAAAAGAGCAGUCCAGGAACUUGGCCAAAAAAAAUAAGGAAAGUGAGUUUUCAACCAACGUGAGCGACAUGAAAGAAAUGAUUUCUAAACGUGAAUCUGAAUUAGCCGACGAAAUUCGAACGCUGACCCAGCGCAAAAAUUUACUGUCAACAGAAUUAUCUGUUACCGAAAAGGACCUCUCUAACAAAUCGGCGGAGUUGCAAAAAAGCUCGGAGCACAGUAAAAUUUCCGGUUUGGAAACUCAACUUCAGAAGAUCGAAGCAAAAUCUUUUGAUUUACAAGAAGUCAUCGCGGACUUGGCGACGACAGCUUCAUAUGGAGACCUCAAAAAGCUUGUGCUUUCUAAGGUCAAAGAUUUGAACAGCGUGCUAAUUCGGCUUGCCACGAUGGAAAAUUCUUUGCGUGGAGAGGAAGAGUAAAAGCCAGAAAAUUUAGACGUAAUAAUGUAAUAUCGGUAUGAUAAUUUUACUAAAUGUAUGUAUUGUGCUAUGGACUGGAGAAAUUACUGUACUCGGAAUUAAAAUGCUCUUGUAUGCAGAUGGUUUGUCAUAUUAAACUGUAUAUGUUGGGUUGUAUCGUCUAGAAUUGGUU